AUGGGGGAGCGCCCGGGGGCCUUCGCCGUGAGGGCAAUCCUUGAGCAGGCCACUGUCACCUACCUAGCAGGUCGCUGCUCGCGCAUGCUCGCGCAGGAGCGGCGGUGUCCGGAGUGCGCCGCGGAGAAGGGGAAGGAGGCAAACGUUAGAAACGCCUUGCGCAAGGCAAGACCAGAUGCAGCCGGGAAGCGGGAGUUGCACAGCGCCUCGUGCCACGUGAUGUCCGCGUGGCACGAGCACAUCACCCGACAACCGAGCAAGGACAGUUCAGGAAACCGGAGACCCGCUGCGGAAAGUAUGAUGAACCACGUGAAGGCCGUGCGGGAGGCCUUGCCGACGCUGAAGCCUGGCCUGAUAGUGACCAAAAAGAACGCUCAGGUAAACUUGCUGGUCGUCCGCAACCCCAAGGAGUGGUCACACGGGGACGUGGACGGCGGCGCGGGGGGGCGGCGGGUAUCUUCCAUGGACGUGGCCACGGAGACUUGCACUGUUUAUUGGUAUGAGUCUGGGCAGGUCCACGACUGCAACAUCGGCAGGAAGGGCGUGCUCUGCAAGCCGUGCGGCAACAUCCCGGGGUCGCUGGGAGGAGACGACGGGCUGGCAAGCGUUGGCAUGGCGAAGUCCGCCAUUGAGGCUGUGCGGACUCUGCUCGGAGGCCGCGGGAAGAAGGGAAACCAGGCGGCCACCCCAGUCGAGCCGUUUGCUCGGCAGAUUUCACCGUUUGCUCGGAAGAGCUCGCCGUUUGACCGGCAGAUUUCCUACGCCCAAUACGCGGAGAGGACGCAGACGGUCGUCAUAUUCGAUUGGGACGACACGUUGUUCCCAACCACGUACGUGAAGCACGACUUGGGCCUCAACAUUGGCAAGCACUUGAGGGACCAGGCGCUCAGGCCCCAGAUGAUGAUGCGUGCCCGGACGUCGCUGGCGAAGGCCGCGGGCGCCGCCGACAGGCUCCUCCGGCUGGCGGACGAGCGGGGGAAGGUCGUCGUAGUGACUCUAGCCAGGAGUCCGUGGGUGACCGAUUCUUGCAAGUUUUUCUACCCCGGGAUCGGCGAGCUCAUCGAGAAGCUCAACAUCCAGAUUCUGUACGCGCGGGAGAACGAGCAGAUAGACUACGCCACAGUGAACGCGAUGGCCAAGGAUCAGUUCGAGACGUUCUGGGCCGAGACGAAGGGCAAGGCCAUCUCCAAAGCGCUGGGCGAGUUCUACUCCCAGUACGACGGACAGUCCUGGAAGAACGUCAUAUCCUUGGGGGACUCACACUUUGAGCGGUACGGCACGAUGGCAGCGACGAUGCAGUACGCUGCAGCUCAGGGCCUGGUCGGCGAAGAGGAGGUCUCCCCAGCCAGCCCGUCGGUGGCGGCGAGGCCGCGCCGAGGCUCCGGCGACUCGACGGGCUCCCGGCUGUCCGUGUCGAGCGUGAAGCGCCACGAGGGCUCCGGCCAGGGGAGGCGAAUGUCGUGGCAGGGGAGGACCGUCGGCGGCCAGGCAAUCAAGGUGAGGACGAAGACCUUCAAGAUGCUGGAGGAGCCGACGGAGGAGGAGCUCAUCGUGGAGCUGAGCCUGCUGCACCGGUGGCUCCCUCUGAUGGUGGAGCUUGACGACGGCUUCGACGUCGACCUCAACAGUCUCGACGGCGAGGCGCAGAUCGAUGAGAUCGAGAGCACGCUGCGCGCCCUGAAGUGCGAAGCGGAGAUGCACGCUGGCAGCAUGUUCGACGAGCUGGCAGACGGGUACGCGAAGUACCGGGCCAUGCAGAUCCGGGACAGCGUCCGCCAGGGCGUCUCCCCAGCGCCGCCCCCCGCCGGAGGCAGCGCGGCAGCGCCCGCAGCAGCUUCGGGCGGCGGCGCGGCGCCCACCGAGGCGGCCGCAGCUCCUGCGCCGCCGCCCACCGCCGCCGCCCCUGCGGCGGGGGUGCCGCGCCCGGCGGCGCAGCCGCCUGCUGGCCCCAGGCUUCCAGGCAGUGGCGACGGCCUGGCUGGGGCCAGGAAGCAGGCUGAGUAUGCAGCGUCUGCUCUGGACUUUGGCGACGUUACCACCGCCAGACAAUGCCUUCAUGAGGCGUUGCGGCUGCUGGACAGCGGCGCGUCUUAA